UAGUAUGCUUUGAAUGUAAUCUCAAUUUUGAUGACCAAACGUGUGAUUUAUUGCAAAUAUAGGCAAAUGUGGGUAAAGUGUGGACAAAGUGUGCGUAACAUUGAAUAUGUUUUGUUUGAACGCAACUCAAGUUGAAGUCUAAUGCAAACUACGACUACAUUAUAAGUAAUACGUAUUACAGUUAAUACUCUACAGUAGUGUACAGUAUAUCGUAGUAAUAGAAUCGAUAUAAACGCCAAUUAUUACGGUUUGAAAGCCAUUGAAGCCAUUGCUAACAAAUAGAAAGUGACGCUACAGUACAGUACUGUUAUUCAUAUAUUAAAAAGUUCCAAAUAUAUGGGUUAAUUGAAACAAUGUUUUCAUACCUUUUAUUACAAUAGCAACUCAAAUGUAAAAUGAAUGUCACUGUAUGUGUAUUGGAAUAACAGUAUUGAGUAUUAAUAAUAGAAGUAAUGGUUUAUUUAGUGACUGUUUAUUACACAUCAAUAGAAAAUACAAUUUAUUUUAUGUUCAAUUGAAUCACUUUUAUUAAACAUCACUCAAAAACAUAAUAGUAUUUUAAUUAUAUAUUUUAAUUAAUAAGUAAUUUAAUGUUAAAUUUUAAAUUAAAAGUCCAUUAACUGUGAAUACGAAGCAAAUUGUGUGCAAAUGUUAUCAAUUAAUUAAAUUUUAAAUUUAUUAUAAUUGAUGUCUAUUUUGUCAUAAAAUAAUAUAUUUUUGAAGAAAUUAAUAUUUUUGUUAUAUUAUAGUGAAAUAUAUAUAUAUAUUGUUAUAAUUAUAAAAUAGUUGUUAAGUAUCUAUAAAAGUGGUGUUUCGGUCAAAAUGAGUGUCACUGAAGAGUCCAAUCGUUGCGAUAUUGUUGGCUCUGAAGAAACCAAUCGAUUGGAUAGCAGUCUGACUGAUGACCAGAUAAACCGAUUAGAUGUGACCGUCAAAGAUGAGACCAACCGUUACGAUCUGAGUCCUAGAGAUGAGUCACUUAACCGUUCGGAUAAUAGUCUUAAAGAAGAAUCAAAUGAAAGCAUUGAUGGCAAAGAUUAUACUCAAGUGUCUGAUGGAUCAGAUAGUAAUCUUAUGAGACAAGCAUUUGUCGACACAACUGCUAUGGCAAUCGAUAGAGAGUUUAUGUAUAAACUUAUGAUUAGUCAACUAUUAUAUGAUGGACACCGAAAUGUGGCAAUAGUUUUGUCAAAUAGUGAGAAACUCAAGCAUUUGGUUCAACCGUCACAGCGUUUGCAUCAUUUGUUGUCAAUGGCAUUCAAAACUGAAGGAGAUUCUCCAUUAAGUGAUGAUAGCAUUCAUGCCAUGAAUCUAAUAGAUCUCGAUUACGAAGUGGAUCAUAACUCGAGCUCAUCGCGGGCUAGUUUUUAUGACACUUCGACUACCAAAGACUACUUCAGGAGUCGUUCGUAUUCUCCCGACACAGAAUUGAUGCCACUUCCUCACAGAAUGCAUGGGUCACAUGAUCUUAUAGGUCGUAUGAUAUCAAAGACAUCACCAUUGGCUGAUACAAUGCAAAGUAUGACCCAUUUAAGUACUACCGAUUCAAUCGGUUCGCGUCCCGGUUCAACACCAGAUAUUCCCAUUCAAUCAUUUGGUCAAAUAAAUAAUGGUUUGAGAUCUAUAACUCCAAAUGCCGGUGACAUUACCUCUCAAACUAGUUUAUUGGGAAAUUCUGCGCAAGAUAUCAAUAUAUCGGAUCUUUUACAGCAAAUAAAUUUGGCUCAAUUUAUGUAUAUGAAUGGCGAUCCCACAGCUUCGGUGGCUUCCUCUACAGCCGCUAAUACGCCGUCUCCCACUCCGAUACCCCCAUCAGUGCCUUUAGAUAACGGAGGACUUGUCCUAAAUGAAGCCGCUCUUAAAAAUAUUAGUCAAUUGGCGAAACUUAGUGCUAAUGAGGGCCAAAACGGUUUAUCGAUAUCCAACUCGACGUCCCCAACUUGUCUUACCUCACCUAUUGGUCGAAGUGUUUCUAAUACUGGAACUAAACCAAAUACAAUGCAAAUUCGGUGCAAAUUUGGUCAAUUAGGUCAACAAAAGGGUCAGUUUUCAUCACCUCAUGGAUUCUGUCUUGGAGUCGAUGAAGAGAUUGUCAUCGCAGACACAAACAAUCAUAGAAUUUGUGUUUUUGAUAAAUCGGCCGAAUUCAAACACUCAUUUGGUGUUCCGGGUAAGGAUGAGGCACAGCUCUGGUAUCCCAGAAAGAUUGCAAUUAUUCGUAAUGGUAUGGGUGGUGGCACUGGUAAUACAGCGCCUCGUUAUGUGAUAUGCGACAGAGGGGCUGAACGCAGCCGAAUGCAGAUCUUCACCCGAUCGGGUCAUUUCGUACGUAAGAUUGCUAUUCGUUAUAUUGAUAUCGUCGCUGGUCUGGCAAUUACACCUCAAGGACACAUUGUUGCAGUGGAUUCAGUAUCGCCCACAGUGUUUGUGAUCGCAGAGUCUGGAGAUCUGCUUCGAUGGUUUGAUUGUUCAGAAUAUAUGCGCGAACCAUCUGAUAUAGCCAUCAAUAACCACGAAUACUACAUUUGCGAUUUCAAGGCUCAUUGCGUUGUUGUAUUUAGCGAUGAGGGACAGUAUUUGCGCAAAAUCGGUAGUGAAGGGCUGACAUCAUUUCCUAACGGAAUUGACAUAUCGGACGCGGGAGACAUUCUGGUUGGCGACUCUCACGGCAAUAGAUUUCAUGUGGUUGUGUUUGACCGGUCGGGAACAUUGAUCAGCGAAUUCGAGUGUCCGUACGUUAAAGUCUCGCGUUGUUGUGGUCUGAAGAUUACCAGUGAAGGCUAUGUCGUGACAUUAGCCAAAAACAAUCAUCACGUCCUCAUCCUUAACACACUUUACAUCAUGUGAACCACCGAUACCUACACUAUAAUCACAGCAACACAUAGAUGUCUAUUGAUAAACAUAACAAACAUAAAGUGAAACGUCGAUCAAUACAACGAUUAGUCAGUCAGUUUCGUAUCUAUUUUUAAAUGAUUUCAAUUUUCAAUCCUAUACUUUGGGUCCAUAUAUAGAAACAAAAUGAUAUAUUUAGUCAAAAGCAAUAUUAAGUUUUUUUUAUGUGUUAUUGAAAGCAAUAACUGUUUUCUCUUUUUUCUCGCUCUAUAUUAAUAUAAAUAUAUA